AUUAAUUAAUUAAUGUAUUUUCGAUAUUCCAGAGUUUUACUUGGCUGCAAUGCAAAGAUGACACACACAGAAAACAAAUCAAAUGCAUUAUCUUAAAAAAAGGUAUCUAGAGCGUGACAUCUUCAUGACAUUUUCAUUCAAAUGAAGUGCUUUUUCUUUGAAUCUCACAAUGCUGCCAACAGCUGUGUAAAUAUUAUGAUCUAUGAACAGCACAAAUGUAACUUCUCUCAUUAAGGAGGCCAGCUGCGUCUUGUCUGCUCCUAGUUGAACGUCUAAUUUUGUUUGUUAAAAGGGUGGUACGGAUCUUGAUGCUAGGACUCAAGAGGCUUGAUGAAGAAUUAUUUUGUAAAUGUGCAUGAUGUUCCUUCUGUCCAUGGCAACUUGAGCAAGACAUUUAUUCGUGUAGCUAAGAAAAUUAAUUAAAAUUAUUCAUGGGGUGGCCUUACAUCCAGGCUGUAGUACUUUUAUGCUCAAAGACUGACCAAUCGGAAGCGGUGGGAAAUUCACGGGCAAUAUGCUGAAGGAACUAUCCCGUCAUAUACCUUGGAUAUGAAUGUUUGUUUACAUGGUUUUAUUAAGUUUAUUUUUCCUCAGUUCUGUCCUGUUUGUUUGGUUUGGAUGUGGGUUUUUAAUGAUAUUUUCUUGGAUAUCAGGGUUAGUCUUGUGAGGAUUAAAACUGUCCACAAAUAUCAAUGCCAGAUUUCCCUUUUCAAACCUCUCAUGUUUUCAUAAUAAUAUUGUUAUAGCAUGUCAGCUUUUCCGCAUUUUUUUUCCUUCGUUUUUAUUGAGGCAAUUCAGAUUAGCCCGAUUGCCUUGCUCAGUGGUGCAACAGCUCAGGUGGCCAAAGGUCACUCAGCAAUGUUGUUGACAAUCACAACAAAUACAUUCGUCAAAGACGGUCUUGUGUUUUGAUGGAUGGAUCAAGGGAACUGGAUCAAUGGUUCAGUUACCAAACCAAACAUUGAGGCUCCUGGGUGGAAGGAUGGAGAAGGAAGAUGUGAAACUUGUGAACAAAGGCCUGGAGGAUGAAAUGGAGAUCUGCGGGUACAGGCCGUGCCGUUGGAAAGUGGCCUUGGUGGGCUUGGGCGUGGUCUGCUCCGGCGGCUUCCUGCUGCUGCUCCUGUACUGGAUGCCCGAGUGGUGGGUGAAGGGCACCUGCACCCGGGCCACCCUCCACCAGGCCGAGGUCCUGCUGCUCCGGUCCACUGAUGAGUUCAAACGGUGGUUCAGAGCCAAGGUGCGCGUGCUUCUGGCCACGGGGAAGAAUCCUUUCUACUUGGGUGACCAGACCUCCCCGGCUGUGGCUAAUGGCCACACCACGCUCUGUUCUGAUGAGCCCCUGGAGGACCCUGGCAGGAAGGGCACCAAACCUCAGCUUGUGCAGAUUCGCUAUUUCACACUCCACAGCACAAAAUACUACUGGAACGAUAAGAUGCAGAAUUUUGAAGUGUUAAAUGGUUUGGAGGACCUGGAGUUGACCUGUUCCUCCGUAUACUCGGACCAUAGCACGGGGCUGACCGAUGAGACGCAGGACCACAGGAGGCUGUUUUUUGGAGUGAAUGAAAUCGACGUGAAAGUGCCCUCAGUUUUCAAGCUGCUAAUCAAAGAGGUGCUAAACCCCUUCUACGUCUUCCAGCUCUUCAGUGUCAUUCUGUGGAGCUCCGAUGAGUAUUACUACUACGCCUCGGCCAUCGUCUUCAUGUCAGUCAUAUCCAUAACUACCUCUCUGUACAGCAUCCGAAAGCAAUAUGUCAUGCUGCAUGAUAUGGUGGCCUCUCACAGCGUUGUACGAGUAUCUGUCUGCAGGGCCAAUAACGAGAUAGAGGAGGCCCUGUCCACAGACCUGGUCCCUGGAGACAUCCUGGUUAUCCCCACCAACGGGAUCAUCAUGCCCUGUGACGCUGUGCUGAUCAGUGGCACCUGCAUCGUCAAUGAGAGCAUGCUCACAGGUGAGAGCGUGCCAGUAACCAAGACCAACCUGCCCAACCCAGACCAGGAGAAGAAAGAGGAGGAAGAGGCCAUCGUCUACAGCGUGGAGGAACACAAGAGACACACCCUGUUCUGCGGCACCCACGUCAUACAGACGCGCUUCUACACGGGCGAGCUGGUCAAGGCCGUGGUGGUCAGGACCGGUUUCAGCACUGAGAAGGGCCAGUUGGUACGCUCUAUCCUGCACCCCAAACCCACCGACUUCAAACUGUACCGGGACGCCUACCUCUUCCUCCUGUGCCUGGUGGGCGUGGCCGGGAUCGGCUUCAUCUACACGCUGGUCCUCAGCAUCAUGAAUGAGGAGCCCGCCAGGUUCAUCAUCAUCGAGUCCCUGGACCUCAUCACCAUCACCGUGCCCCCGGCGCUCCCCGCCGCCAUGACGGUGGGCAUAUUCUACGCCCAGCGCCGCCUCAAACGCAUCGGCAUCUUCUGCAUCAGCCCCCAGAGGAUCAACAUGUGCGGCCAGCUCAACCUGGUCUGCUUCGACAAGACUGGCACACUCACUGAAGAUGGCCUGGACCUGUGGGGCAUCCAGAGAGUGGACAACAGCAUGUUCCUGCUCUCAGAGGAGAGCGUCCGCAGGGAGGCUCUGGUCAAAUCCCGCUUUGUGUCCUGCAUGGCUGUCUGCCACUCCCUGACCAGGAUCAAGGGGGAGCUGUCCGGAGACCCUCUGGACCUGAAGAUGUUCGAGGCCACGGGCUGGAUUCUUGAGGAGCCCACAGAGGAAGAGACGUCUCUCCACAAUCGCAUCAUGCCCACGGUGGUCCGCCCACCCAAGCAGUUGUUUCCCAAGCAGGAGACGACCUCCAGUCAGGACAUGGAGCUGUGCGAGUUGUCGUCGUCCUAUGAGAUGGGCAUCGUGCGGCAGUUCCCCUUCUCCUCGGCGCUCCAGAGGAUGAGCGUGGUGGCCAGACUGCUGGGAGAGAAGCGCAUGGAUGCCUACCUCAAGGGGGCGCCAGAAGUGGUGGCCAGCCUCUGUAAGAAGGAAACAGUGCCGGAGGACUUCUCUGAGGUUCUGGAGGGUUACACCAAGCAGGGUUUCCGGGUCAUUGCCCUGGCCCACCGGCGGCUGGAGUCCAAACUCAACUGGCACAAAGUGCAGAGCAUCAGCAGGGACCUUAUUGAGAGCAACAUGGAGUUCCUGGGCCUGAUCAUCAUGCAGAACAAGCUGAAGGCCGAGACGCCGGGCGUUCUGGAGGACCUUCGCCGCGCCAACAUACGCACCGUCAUGGUCACAGGUGAUAACAUGCUGACGGCCAUAUCAGUGGCACGGGACUGUGGGAUGAUCCCCCCACAGGACAGGGUCAUCGUCGCCGACGCACUUCCGCCUAAAGACGGCCAGGCUGCCAGGAUCGAGUGGCACUACGCAAACGACCCCACCGCGCGUCCCAACAAAGGCUCCCACUUGGAGGUGGUGGACAUCGGUCUGGAUGACGACGACGAGGACAAGCUGACUCUCCAGCAGCGGUACCACUUCGCCAUGAGCGGCCGAUCCUUCGCCGUCAUCACCGCGCACUUCCAGGAUCUGGUUCAGAAGCUGGUCCUCCACGGCACGGUGUUUGCCCGGAUGGCGCCGGAUCAGAAGACCCAGCUGGUGGAGGCGCUGCAGAGCGUGGACUACUUCGUGGGCAUGUGUGGCGACGGAGCUAAUGACUGUGGCGCCCUGAAGAGAGCUCAUGGCGGGAUUUCCCUGUCGGAGCUGGAGGCUUCUGUGGCCUCCCCCUUCACAUCCAGAACCCCCAACAUUUCCUGUGUGCCUGACCUGAUCAGGGAGGGCAGAGCGGCUCUCAUCACUUCCUUCUGUGUGUUCAAGUUCAUGGCCCUGUACAGCAUAAUCCAGUACAUCAGCAUCAUUCUGCUCUACUCUUUCUCAAGCAACCUUGGAGACUUCCAGUUCCUCUUCAUUGAUGUUGCCAUCAUUCUGGUCAUGGUCUUCACCAUGAGUCUGAACCAGGCCUGUAAGCAGCUGGUGGCACAGCGCCCCCCACUGGGCCUCAUCUCCAGGCCGCUGCUCUCCUCCGUCCUGCUGCAGAUCCUGGUGUGCCUGGGGUUCCAGGUGCUCGCCUUCCUCCUGGUGAAGGAGCAGAGCUGGUAUGAGGAGUGGACCCCUGCCUCAGAUGCUUGCAAUAUGUCCCGUUCAUCUGCUCAUAACACAACUGGGUCCAGUAAGCACAGCGAGAGGAACAUCGAAAACUACGAGAACACGACCAUCUUCUAUGUCUCCUGCUUUCAGUAUCUGGUCAUCGCCAUCGUCUUUUCCAAAGGGAAGCCUUUCAGGCAGCCCAGCUACAGAAACUGGCCAUUCCUCCUGUCUGCUGUGUUCUUCUACUUCCUCCUGUUGUUCAUCAUAUUGUAUCCAAUUCCUGCCAUCGAUAAUGUCCUGCAAAUUGUGUGCGUCCCUUACCAGUGGCGAAUCAGGGUGCUCGUUAUCGUCGUAGCCAAUGCUGUCGUGUCCGUCCUGAUAGAGGCUGGCAUUGACCGCUGUGGGGCCAGGUGUCUGGCACGGCUGUGCUGCCAAAGGACGCAGUCCUCUAAUGUGCGCUACAUGCGCCUGGCCAGGGAGCUGCAGAAGGACCCCUACUGGCCCCCCAAGGCCAGAACCACCACCGAGGCCCAAACUCCCCACCGCCCCGACAACACAUUCCACCUGUUAGCCUCCUAGCAUCCGCGCUAAUCCUGACUGGAUGCUGUCAUCACAGGGACCUUUGGAACCGAAGCCUUUUUAUAUCGCACAGAAAAUUAUUUACACCCUCUUCUAAGAAGGUGCUCAGAGGAGGCGCUGGGUCGGCUGUUCCUUCGCAAUGCAG